ACAUAAGACAGAAAGGGAACGGACGGUCACAAAGAGAGGAGAAAAGGAGAACAAGAGUAGCGAGGGACCAGAGGAGAAAAGAGACAGAGCAGGACAAUCCCCAGCUCAAAAUGCCUCCUAACUUCACCGGCACCUGGAAAAUGAAGAGCAGUGAGAAUUUCGAUGAACUUCUGAAAGCUCUCGGUGUGAACGCUAUGCUCCGGAAAGUGGCCGGCGCCGCAGCAGCCAAACCUCACGUGGAGAUCCGACAGGACGGAGAGCAGUUCUACAUCAAGACCUCCACCUCGGUACGCACCACGGAAAUCAACUUUCGCAUCGGAGAGGAGUUUGACGAGGAGACGCUGGACGGCAGGAAAUGUAAGGUGAGUCAGAAACGAGACACUGACCUGCUGAGCUUCACAGUGACCAGUUAA